AUGGUGCAGCAACCGCCUCAGGGGGGCUCCAGGAAGAUCUCCUUUAAUGUCUCCGACCAAUAUGAGAUUCAGGAUGUCAUCGGUGAAGGUGCCUACGGUGUUGUCUGUUCUGCUAUCCACAAGCCUUCUGGGCAGAAGGUAGCAAUCAAGAAGAUUACACCUUUCGACCAUUCAAUGUUUUGUCUGCGAACAUUGCGAGAAAUGAAGCUGCUCCGAUACUUCAACCACGAGAACAUCAUUUCCAUUCUGGACAUCCAAAGACCGCGAAACUAUGAGAGUUUCAACGAAGUUUACCUCAUUCAAGAAUUGAUGGAGACAGAUAUGCACCGUGUUAUCCGUACGCAAGAUCUAUCGGACGACCACUGCCAAUACUUCAUUUACCAAACGCUGCGUGCCCUGAAGGCCAUGCACUCCGCGAACGUCCUCCACCGUGAUCUUAAGCCAUCGAACCUUCUCCUCAAUGCGAACUGUGACCUGAAGGUCUGCGACUUCGGUCUCGCUCGAUCUGCGGCCUCGACCGACGAUAACUCUGGUUUCAUGACUGAAUAUGUGGCGACGCGCUGGUACCGUGCUCCCGAAAUCAUGUUGACAUUCAAAGAAUACACGAAGGCAAUUGAUGUAUGGAGUGUGGGAUGCAUCCUUGCAGAGAUGCUGAGCGGGAAGCCCCUGUUUCCUGGAAAGGACUACCACCACCAACUGACCCUAAUUCUGGAUGUUCUUGGAACACCCACCAUGGAGGACUACUACGGCAUCAAGUCCCGACGAGCUCGGGAGUAUAUUCGUUCCCUUCCAUUCAAGAAGAAGAUCCCCUUCAAGGCACUGUUCCCGAAGAGCAACGACCUGGCCUUGGAUCUGCUAGAAAAGCUUUUAGCCUUCAACCCGACGAAGCGUAUUACUGUUGAAGAGGCAUUGCGUCACCCGUACCUGGAGCCAUACCAUGAUCCAGAUGAUGAGCCAACAGCGCCUCCCAUCCCCGAAGGGUUCUUUGAUUUCGAUAAGAAUAAGGAUGCUCUUAGCAAGGAGCAGUUGAAGAUUCUGAUUUACGAGGAGAUCAUGCGGUAG